AUGUCCAGUAACAAAUUCACAGUCACUGAGCAUGUCGUUCCUGGAUGUUAUAUUCGAGAGUACCCCGGAAGCACUGUACAUCAAGAGGAUGUCUUGAAGCUGCACGUGAAGCAAUACAGUCCCAAAAACCAACAAUUGCCAUUGCCCUCUGAUGCAGUUACUCUGAUUGCAGCCCAUGGAGUGGGCCUACCGAAGGAACUGUACGAGCCCCUUUGGGAUGAGCUGCUGGAGCAAGCUGCAGGUUUUCAAAUUCGCAGUAUCUGGGUGGCCGACUGUGCUAGUAUGGGAAUGAGCGGAGUUUUGAAUGAUGACAAGCUUAGCCUGGACUGCUCCUGGAUGGAUCAUGCGCGAGAUCUCUUCCUCAUGAUCAACCAUUUCCAUGAGCAGAUGCCUCGUCCGCUCGUAGGAAUCGGGCACAGCUUCGGUGGAAACAUUAUUACUAAUCUAGCUUACAUGCACCCGCGUCUAUUCUCCACUGUGGCUCUGAUCGACCCGGUCAUUCAACUCACUCCACCACCCAUGGGGUUCGGCACCGAUCCGCCCAGUGCGAUAAACUGGACAUUAAGACGCGACGAUAUAUGGCCAAACCGCGAGGCCGCGCUUCGUGCGAGCCGUUCCCUUCUUCAUGGCUGGGAUCCACGCUGCAUAGCCCGGAUGGCCGAGGUCGGGUUCCGCGAGCUGCCCACUCAACUAUACCCGGAUGUCGAGGCUCAAAAGGCCCGUCUUAACACCACCGAGACACCGGUUACUCUCACGACUACCAAGUAUCAGGAUCUUAUAGGCUCAAUUCGGGAGAACUUUGGUGGACGCGACCCGAUUACCGGGCGCAUCGUAGUCAAUCGUGAUACACACGCGGAUAUGGAUCCCCUUGCAGCUUUCAUUCCGAUGUAUCGCCCAGAACCACGCAGUACCUUCCUCCGGCUACCAAGCCUACGACCCUCUUGUCUCUGGGUGCUUGCGGGGGAUACUUAUAUGAAUUCGGAUGAGAUCCGCGAAGGUAUCAAAGUUUGUGGAACCGGAGUCGGGGGCAGUGGGGGCGGAGAGAAAGUUCGAGAGGUCACCUUGCCUGGGUUAGGACACUUGAUGCCAUUCCAGGAGAUCAAGAAGGUUACGGAGCCUGUUGUAGCGUGGUUGAUAGGUGAAUUGGAGGAAUAUCGCACAAAGGAAAAGCAAUGGGCGACGCAGCGUGAAGAGGUGAACCAUUUUGUUCUUGGCGAAAAAUGGUUCAAGACUCUGAAACCUUUGGGAAAGACUCGUGAUAAGCCUCCAAGGAAAGAGAAAAUGUGA